AUGACGACGCAGGAUUUGCAAAAGUUUUUUCAAAAACACAAAACCAACAUGGAGAAGAAAGCUAAAUGUAUUUUUGAAGGCAAAAAGGAAAAUACAGCAGAUCUCAAAGCGGUUUACACAGAACUGUUCAUCACAGAGGGAGAUAUGGAAAAGGUCAAUCAGGAACAUGAGGUUCUGAAGAUUGAUGAUGCUUUCAAGAACAAACAAACACAUGACAAACCAAUCAAAUGCAAUGAUAUUUUUACUGAAUUGAAGAAAACUGAUGAGAAAAAGAUUGUGCUGACAAAGGGCAUCGCUGGCAUUGGAAAAACUGUCUCUGUGCAGAAGUUCAUCCUGGACUGGGCUGAAGGAAAAGCCAAUCAGAAUAUAGACUGUGUGUUCCUGCUCCCAUUCAGAGAGAUUAAUUUGAUGAAAGAUGAAGAGUUUAGUCUCCAUAAGCUUCUGCUGGAAUUUUAUUCUGAACUGGAGAACCUGGAGGAAUCAAAGUUAUAUAAGGGAUGUAAGCUAGCAUUUAUAUUUGAUGGACUUGACGAGAGUCGGUUGCCUUUGGAUUUUAAAAAUAAUAGAUCAUUAAACACAGUUGAGAAAGAGUCAUCUGUAGACGUGCUGUUUACAAGUCUAGUUAAAGGGACUCUGCUUCCAUCAGCUCUCGUCUGGGUGACCUCACGACCAGCAGCAGCCAAUCAGAUCCCUCCUGAGCAUGUGGGUUUGUUCACAGAGGUGAGAGGAUUCACUGACCCGCAGAAGGAGGAAUACUUCAGAAAGAGAUUCCCAGAUGAGACUGUGUCCUCCAGAAUCAUCUCACACAUUAAGACGUCUCGUACUCUCUACAUCAUGUGCCACAUUCCCGUCUUCUGCUGGAUCACGGCCACAGUCCUUCAGGAUAUUCUCAUCAAGAACAAUACAGAGAACAUCAGCACAACACUCACUGAAAUGUACAUUCACUUCCUGCUGAUACAAAUGAACAUGAAGAACCAGAAGUACAAUGAACAAGAAGAAAGAGAUUUUUCAAAGCUCUUACAGUCAAAUAGGGAAAUGAUAUUAAAGUUGGCCAAGCUAGCGUUUGAACAGCUGAAGAAGGAAAACGUUGUGUUCUAUGAAAAAGAUCUGAAAUCAUGUGGUAUUGAUAUGAGUGAUCACAGAGAGUUUACAGGAAUGAUCGCAGAGAUCUUUAAGAAGGAAGACGGAUUUCGUGAGUCAAAGAUCUUCUGCUUUACACAUCUGAGUGUCCAAGAGUUUCUUGCUGCAGUGCAUGUGUUCCUCUGUUACCUGAACAAGAACAUGCAGGAGCUUCAGUUCUUCUUUGAUGAGCCCAAUGAGGAUAUCACAUUACAUGAGCUACUGCAAAAGGCUGUUGAUAAAGCCAUGGAGAGUAAGAGAGGACAUCUGGACCUCUUCUUGCGGUUUCUGAUGGGCAUUUCACUGGAAUCCAGUCAGAAACUGCUCAAAGGCCUGAUCACAGACACUGAAGACGAGACAGACACUGAAGACACCACAGAGAGCAUCAGACAAACAACUGGAUACAUUAAACAAAGUCUAGACCGGGUCAUCUCAGAUGAAGCUUCAGUCAACCUAUUUCACUGCUUACUUGAGCUGAAAGAUAAUUCAUUAUAUGAGGAAAUCCAGAGAUACCUCGGUCCAGAUGAAGAUCCAGGAAGAAAACUCUCCUCUUCAAUGUGCUCAGUGCUGGUCUACACACUGCUGAUUUCAGAGAAGGUGCUGGACGAGUUCGACCCAAAGAGGUUCACUUCAUCACCAGCAGGCUACCAGAGACUCAUUCCAGCUGUGAGACACUGUAGAAAAGCCCUUGUGAAUGUACCAGUGAUGUUCCCUUUCGAGGGAACUCAACACUGCAUCGAGAAUCGACACAUUGGGGAUGCUCCCUUUCAUGCGCCUCUGAAAUGUGUUUUCUUUCCAUCAGAUUAUCGUCAGUUCACUCUGGAUCCAAACACAGUGAAUAAAAACCUCCGUCUUUCUGAGAGGAACAGAGUGAUUACUCACACUCACACAAUCUACAGUCCGUAUCCUGAUCAUCCAGACAGAUUUAAUAAUCCUCAGGUGUUGUGUAGAGAGAGUGUGUGUGGACGCUGUUACUGGGAGAUUGAGUGGAGCGGGAUUGUGUGUAUAUCAGUGUCAUAUAAGAGCAUCAGCAGGAAGGGAUCGGGUAAUGACUGUGUGUUUGGAUUUAAUGAUCAGUCCUGGAGUUUGAACUGCUAUUCCUCUGGUUACACACUUAGACAUAAUAACAUAGCGACUAUACUCCCUGUAAAGUCCAUCAGCAGGAGAAUAGGAGUGUAUGUGGAUCCCAGUGCAGGAACUCUGUCCUUCUACAGCGUCUCUGACACAACGAGCCUCAUACACACAGUCCAGACCACAUUCAAACACACACUCUAUCCUGGGUUUAUGGUUUAUCCUACAUCAUCAGUGAAACUGUGUUGAUGAGUGAGAACAGACUGUAGAGAGACUCUACCCAUAAUGCUUUGGGCCGCAUGAUAAACCAGCCACAGUGAGAUGUUUUAGCGUCUCUUAUUGUCUCUUGAUUCCAGUAAUACUACAGUAAAAUAACGUCAGAAUAAAUGUGUGUAAUGAAUCCUCAUACAGACAGAAAAAUCAGUGUGUGAGUGAGUCACGAUGAGUGACAUUGUGUGUCUGUGCUUUUCUCAAACUAUAUUCAGUUCUUAUUGUACUGUCACAUAAAUCAUUUUUAUUAUUACUAUCAAAAUUACCUUUCAAUUAAAUGUAUCAUUCAAUAAAACAUGUUGUUGUAAAAUUGAUACAUGUCAAUGUAUUAAAUGUGAAAAAAAUAAACCCAAAUGAUCUGAUCGUACUGUAAACACGUGAUCAAUUAUGAUAAUAAAAUCCAGUUUACUUUAAAUAAACCUCCUGAACUGAACAGCA